AUGCUCCGUCAAACCAUCAUUGUCAAUGAGGGCGACUCUCCAUUGGCAUACAAGUCCAGGGAAGUCACUAAUCCAGUGAUGCAAUAUGUCAGUUUUUUCGACAACAACUUUGAGCGCAAGCGAAAGGUUGAAGUUUGGAAUGGUGCAAGUGGAAAGAAUGUUGAACCACUCCUCAGGUCCAUUCAAUCCUUUCGCAACAUUGCUUCAGAGUGGGGACUCAAUCAGGGUCGUCAAAAGAAGGCCUUGUUCAAGCAAUUCCUCACUGCUGAACCGCACAUGACCUAUCAGAGAAUUUCUGAUACUCAUGGGAACUCAGUUCAGGACUUUGAAGACUCUGUUGAUGAGUUCAUUUGCGAAUACACUGGUGAAAAUCCCAAGUAUCAGGCGAACAUGUAUCUCUUUGACACUUCCAAUCACAUUCGCAAACCGUAUAAUACAGAAAUUGGAAUUCACACAAAUCGCUUGAAAACCCUAUUUAUGUAUCACAAUAUACUUCCUAGAAAUUGUUCCAACGUGAACGAUGAAAACGAUCCAGCGCAAAUCCGGAAUAGAAAGAUGGCACUGUUUUGCUCCUUUCCAAUUUAUUGGCAGGGAGACUUUAUCAAUUCGCAGAAUGAUCCGGCGAGCGACGAUAAUAUUAUGUGGAAAGAUAUUGUCAGUUGGAUGACACAGAAGAAAAGAACAGUGGACAGAAAGAAGCUUGUGCAGGAGAGUUCUCAACGUCAAACUCGACCUGGUAAUCGCACAGGCGGUAGAGGCCUUCACCAAAAUCGUUUUGGUGGUGGUGGUGGUCGUGGUCAUGGUCAUGGUCAUGGUCAUGGUCAUGGUCAUGGUCAUGGUCAUGGUCGACCAAGCAAUGGUUAUCAACCAUAUCCAAGACCCUCGAACUCUCCAAGAUAUUCUCAAGGGAAUUCACAAGGUUUUCAACGUGGAGGCAAUUCCCAGCAACAGAACCAAGGACGAUUUCAGCCAAGAAACCCCAACAAUGGUGGCAGAGGCCGUGGAUUUAAUGGCCAGGGCAGUGGACGCUCCCAAUCUGGCCGUUUUCAGCCAGGACGAAACUAUCAAGGCAGAGGCCAAUCACAGCAACAACAGAGUCAAAACUACUAUGCUGAGUCGCACUACAAUCAAGAAGCUGAAAGCUUUGCUGCGGAAGGCAGCGUUCCUGAAUGGAACCAAGACGGAAUGUCUUAUGGUGGAAUGCCAAGUGCUGAGCAGUACCAGCAUCAAGAACACUAUUAUCAAGCUGAAGAAAACCAGCAACCAUGGAAUGAUCAAUUCAACUUUGAACAGGAAGAAUAUUAUCCUGAAGAACAGGAGGCGCAGGAACAUUUUUCCUAUGAUGAGGAUUCGCCUUUUUCCUUUCAUGAAGAGCAUUACUGA